AUGGUGCACACCAAGGUCGUUAUCAUUGGCUCCGGCCCCGCCGCCCACACCGCUGCGAUCUAUCUCUCUCGUGCAGAGCUCAAGCCUGUCCUCUAUGAGGGUAUGCUGGCUAACGGUACUGCCGCUGGCGGUCAGCUCACCACCACAACCGACAUCGAGAACUUCCCCGGCUUCCCUGAUGGUAUCGGUGGUACAGAGCUGAUGGAGAACAUGCGCAAGCAGUCCGUCCGUUUUGGAACUGAGGUCAUCACUGAGACUAUCUCGAGAGUGGAUUUCUCGCAGAGGCCGUUCAAGCUGUGGACGGAGUGGAACGAUGGUCCUGACAAUGAGCCCGCCCACACUGCCGAUGCUGUCAUCAUCGCCACUGGUGCCAAUGCCCGUCGUCUCAACCUGUCCGGUGAGGACAAGUACUGGCAGAACGGAAUCAGCGCCUGUGCUGUCUGUGACGGUGCCGUGCCAAUCUUCCGUAACAAGCCCCUCUAUGUGAUCGGUGGCGGUGACUCUGCUGCCGAAGAGGCCAUGUUCCUGGCCAAGUACGGCAGCUCUGUUACUGUUCUGGUCCGUCGCGACAAGCUUCGUGCCAGCAAGGCCAUGGCCAGCCGUCUUCUGGCCCACCCCAAGGUGACCGUUCGUUUCAACACCGUUGCGACCCAGGUCCUGGGUGAGGAGAAGCCCAUGGGCUUGAUGACCCACCUGCGUGUCAAGAACACCGUCACCGGCGAGGAGGAGACCGUCGACGCUAACGGCCUUUUCUACGCCGUUGGCCACGACCCCGCCACCGCCUUGGUCAAGGGCAAGAUCGACCUCGACGACGAAGGAUACAUCAUCACCAAGCCUGGCACCAGCUACACCAGCCUGGAGGGUGUCUUCGCUUGCGGUGACGUCCAGGACAAGCGCUAUCGCCAGGCCAUCACCAGUGCCGGCUCCGGCUGCGUUGCUGCUCUCGAGGCUGAGAAGUUCAUCGCUGAAUCCGAGUCCCCUGAAGAGGAGGCUCCCGUCAACGAGGUCAAGCAAGACCCUCAGGGUAACACCGCGGAGUACAAGUCCAACCCUCUCCUCUAA